ACUAAGCUUUGUUGUUGUUUUGUUUGCUCUUGGCUGUGGCUGCAUUUUAUUGCCUCACGUUUUAAGUAUUUCAGUCGAUGAAAAGUGUUUAUAAACCAUUCUUUCUUCCAAUCAUCCCUCGAGGUUGACAUCAUCAGAAAUUUAACCAUGGGGGAGGAAGGCCACUUGUAUUCCCUCAAGUGGAACAAUUACGUCAGCCACGUGAUGGCCUCCCUAAAUUCAAUGAGGACUGACAGGGACCUAAUCGACGUGACCCUGAGCUGCGAGGGAAAGAAAAUCUUGGCCCACAAGAUGCUUCUCUCUGCCUGCAGCCCCUACUUCAAAGAUCUCUUCAAGGAGAAUCCAUGCCAACACCCCGUCAUAAUUUUCCGCCACAUCCCUUUUGGCGAUCUGACAGCUUUGGUCCAAUUCAUGUAUACGGGAGAAGUGAGCGUGGAUGAAGAUGAGCUGCCCUCAUUUUUGCAAACUGCCGAGAUGCUGGAAAUCCAGGGUCUGACUAAAGGCAGCCAGCCUGUUGAGAAGACAAAGAAUGAUAAGACUGUUCCUGUGCAACCCAAAUCUGCCCCCUCUAUUGUCCCCACGACCGUUGCAGAAACCGCUGAUAUUGUUCCUGAACCAGCCCAGGUGGCUGAAAAACCAAAAACCCGAUCUGAAAGUGCUGCCUCCCCCUCGAGAAAGAGGCGUCGAACUACCCCGACACGCCCUGAAAAAGAGUCGGUUCAGCCAAAAGAGCCUGUGAUAACACCAGAAUUUGUUACAUCCAAAGUGAAAGUUGAAGCCAUUGAAACAGAUGAUUUGCCAAUACUCGAGGAACACGAGUUCAUGUCUUACGAUGAUGGUGAUGACGACGAUGGAGAUAGAGGUGAAAAUUUGGAAUACGAGAACAAUGACUUAGAUGGGACGGAAGUAUCGGAAGGGGACCCGAGCGAUAUUCAGGACAAAGGUCGAUCUGCAUUUUUACUUCUAUGUUAUCUUCACUCUUCUUAUCUUCUGACUUCAGGUGGUAGGAUGUUUGGCUUAAGUUCCAAAUGGUCCGCCUCGAAAUCUUGAGCCUUACUACCUUCACCCCUAACAGUGCGCAAAGCUGGGAACAUUUGUGAGGACUGAAGUUUAUUGGGGCUUAGAAAUUGAGUAUUUUGCAGGGUGGAUUUAAACUUGAGUAGGUGCUUAUGUUGCAUUACUGGACAUUUUGUUGAAUGGGGAACAUGAUCUCCUUUGCAGUUAGCACAAACAG